AAGAAUUAAGUGCACAAUACAAUCAAAAUAAAUGACUAUUUCUUGACUAAAAUUGUUUAUCAUUGACAUGCUAUCACAGCUAGCAUUGAACAUUUCAGGCCUUAAAGAAGCAAUGUGGAGAUUGUAGUGCUGAGGUUGCGAAUUGCAACCAACGGCUCACUCCAUCCCUCCCUUUCGACGCACUACGGCAGCUCUCACAGGACAAAGAUGUUGUCACAUUUUCGUUUAUUUGCCGGAUAAGAUAACGUGUUAACGAAACGCGCUCUGUAGAACAGUUUGUCCUUUUAGGGCUACUACACAAAUAACGUAUCAAAUUCCAUGCAGAUCUGUAGUUCUAAGAGACAAUUUAGACAUGUUAAAACAGGAAACCACAACCUUGUGUUUAUGUCUGUGCACUUAUAAAUGUUAGCUAGUGCCUACAUACAAAUGGAAUGGAACAAUUGUGGUUGGAAGCAGUAGGUUUGUGUAGCGCAAUGAUUAAUUAUGUAUUGCAUUUCUGUUAUGUGCUUUGGGUAAGGUGAAAACGUAUGUGUGAUGCAGCGGGAGCUUUAAAAAGAAUGUAGUCUCAGGAUACACCAGUAGAUGGCGGUAGAGUGGCGCGGGGAUUGGAAAACGGAACUCACGUGAAUUUCUGUGUGAAUAAGAGUUCCGUGAUAGCGAGUGCCGCUAUUGAAACUGUUGUUAUUAUUUUUCAGGUAAGCUGGUGUAUAUUGUAGGAUACGAAUGUACUAAUGUUCACGAGAACUGUGUGUAUAUUGCAUAUAAGUCUUGAGGAGUCUUUAAUACCAGUAUCUGUUGUACUAAGUGUGUUUUAUGUUGAUUUAUGUGUUCGCACGUGUGUUGCUACGUGCUAAAGUCAUGCUCAUACGAUUUCAUGUCGGGUUAUAAAGAUCUUUAUGUGUGAAUAAGAGUUCCGUGAUAGCGAGUGCCGCUAUUGAAACUGUUGUUAUUAUUUUUCAGAAUAAAUUCUUCUAAAAUGUGUCAACUUCCCGGAAAAUCAUUCUUUCACGUCUGAGAAGUGUUACAUUUGCAAACACUUGUUCAUGACCCAGAGCGAUACACGUCUCACAUUCUUGUACAAAACAUGCAUGCAGCUGAGUAUAUAAAUCAGUUGUCUAAAGGCUAUUACAAAUAAUAUCCAUUCCUGAAGAAGAAAAGUUUGUAGUUCUCUGUAUUAGAAUUUUACAUUCCAAUGUCACAUUUAAUCCAGGUUGAAGCUGUUUUGAGUGUUGAUGUAAAUGUGCCUGCUGUAUCUGCUGUUUCAUUCUUAUCUUAAUUCAAUAUGUUAAUUGUCUUGCAUUAAUAAUGACAUUGAUAAUGACAUCAAACCAACACCUUGUCACAACAAGUCACAAAGGCUAAAAAAAUAUUUUUUUUCUCCCUUACCAAUAAUCAUCUAGAGGUGUGAUUUGUGGAUUCCAUGAUCAGUAAGUUCAGAAGAGUAAGGCUUGUGGUUUCCUGUUUUCACGUGUUUAGAUUUUGUUGCCGUGCAGCUUUGCAGUUUGACCCACUAUAACAAAACAAAAAACUCAAAUGAUGGUCCUUCAGAUAAGCUUUGAUUUAAUGAUCCUGUUUCAAAGACAAUCAUGACGAGACUUUUUAUUAGAAUUUUAUAAAAAAAUUAUAAAAAGCACAAAACAACUUAACCAGAGCUGAACUGUUCAUAAGGACAUUUGUGAUUGGUUGAUACACCUCUCACUCUUCAAAUGUCCAACUCAAUUGUCUAUUGAUCUGAACCAUUCAGAGUCAGUCAUUCACAGUUACUCGCUGAGAUGGAGAGAUCAGGAGUUACUCUUAAAGCGCUAUAUGUUUUACUGUUCAGUCAGAAAAUCUAUGGAGCAGAAAUUGAGAUGAAGGUCAGACCAGGAGACAACAUCACUCUCUACUGUGACCGUCCUAUAACUCAUGGUUUCAUUGUAUGGAUAAGAAACUGCUCUCAUGAACAUCAACCUUCUCUCAUAUUGGAUUAUAAAACAAUGUUUCAAGAAACAUUCAGACGUUUCAGUUUUCCUAGAAACUCCUCUGUGAAUUCUUUUGAUCUACAUAUUACUAACAUUACAGUCUCUGAUCUGGGACUGUACUACUGUGCUGAAUUGGAGAGAAAAGUAAACAAUGAAAUUGGCAUUUUAUACUCAACAGAUCUGUACUAUUAUGGAAAUCGAACAACACGUGUCUCUCUCGCUGUAACUUUGUCUUCUGGACCCUUCACCACCGUCUUCCCACCUCUUGUAUCAGACUGUUUUCUCUGCUGGACGCUGCUCUUCAGUGUUUGUCCAGUGUGUGUUCUCUUCUGCUCCAUCUGUGUGUACUGCCUCUGUAAGAAAACAGAUCAAGGAACAGAGGACAAAGGAAAGACAAAAAGUAGAAAUACUUUUGAGGGUGGUGAUGAUGAUGAGGUGUGUUAUGCCUCAUUGGAUGUGACAACCAGAAGACAGAAACGAAUUAUGAAAAAGCAACUGCAGAGUUCUGACUUCAGUACAUAUGCUGCGGUCAGAACAGACAUAGUAAAGAACACAUUUUUACAGUAAGCACUUUACAUUUUCUAAGGUUAAGAGAUGUGCGUUCUGGUCCUUGUUAAAGCAGCAGCUUUUGUGGCUAAAUUCGUUUAUCAUCCAACAAAAAUAAAAAAUGUUGGAGUGGUGAAUGUUAGAUCAACCAUUUUAAAUCACAGUUAACAGUGAUUUUUUUAGUGCAGGUUAAAUAUUUUUCAAUAAAGCUUCAUAUGUCUCCUUGACAGGUUACUUUUGCAUAACUUCACCACAAGUGUUUCUUGAUGUCUUUUAUUCUCAGACAUUUAGAUAGUCUUAACCACAAAUGUUUCCACUCACGUUAAAUGCAUAACAGAUGAAGACAAACCGAAGCAGUGUGUGAGGGUGUAAAUGCACAUGUGGUCAGUUUGUGGUGGAGUUGAAUGCAUGAUGUGUCUGCAGCACCUGUUGCAUAUUUUUUUUACUUUCUUGACUUGACAGUUAUAUGUUUUUUUUACAUACAAUAUUAUAGUAUAGAAAACAGAUUUUCUUAUUCAUGCCUGAUGGAGACAUCGGUCUUAUUUCAGUAGUCAAAGCAGUCAUUGUGGAGAGAAUGUAGUAAAAACAUGUACAAAUGCUUAAAUCCUAUACUUAAAUUAGUACUUAAUAAAGUGCAUAUUUCAUGUGAAGAUCAUGGAACUAAUAAAAACGUUUCAU